AUAUUUUUUUGUAAGCAAGGUAAUUCUUUUCAACUAAGCUUAAGGACGAUAAUAUUUCUUUUUGUAAGUGGAGGUAAUUCUUUUCUACUAAGCUUUCCCCUGGCUUGUCUUGUCUUUUGUAAAAUCUUAGAUCUCUCCCUUAUUGAUAAUUAAUUUGAGCAUCGAAGUAGUCAUGCCAGUAGAGUCGACCAAUUUUUAACUUAUGUUACCUCUUAGAUUAUCGGAUCUCACGAGUUAAAUAAGUUGUCUAGCUUUUUGAAGAGGAGAAGCUUGAGUAAGAAAUAAGAGACCCCAUCAGAACCAUUGGAAUUAAAUGGAUUAGCUUGUUUACUCCGAGCAAUUGAGCAUACCAUUAGGUGUACUUGCCCAUCCCACCCUACAAUUUGGCACAUCCUCCCUUUUCUUUAGCUUUAAGUGAUGAAUUGAUUUCCCAACCAUGGAAAGUAAGGACUUAGCUUUCUCUUUAGGUAACAAUUAUAUCACUCAUUUUUUUCUAUUUUCUAAAAGAAAUAGAUGGAAUAUGUUAUAAUAUUAAAUUGAGAGCUCAACUCACGACGCCAAUCAUCAAUAUUUCCUUCUAAUUGUUUGUGUGCAUAAAUUGUAUUUUAGAUUUAUUUUAAUUGGUAAAUUUAAAAGAAAAUCAUUUAAAAAUAAAUUAUAAAUAAGAGCCAAUUCAACCGUUAGCCUCUCCCACCCUUUUUAACCCAACCACCUUCUUUCUCUCUUCACGGCGAGCCAAGAUGGGCUCCGGUGACCGGGCGAAGAAGCGGAUCCAGCUCUGGAAGAAGGCCUUGAUCCACUUCGCCCUCUGCUUCGUCAUGGGCUUCUUCACCGGCUUCGCGCCUACGAGUUCCGUCUCCCUUUUCACCGGCCGCGACACGGAAGCUCUCCGGGAUAGGAUUGCCGACACUGGCGACGGCGCUAACCCAUCCGCUGGUCACACCGCAGCGGACGCCCACCGGCAGUUGAUUGUCGUGACCACGACCAGUUCCGGCGACCGGUGGCGGGAUGCUCUACUGAGGAGGAUGUCAGACACGUUGAGGCUGGUGCCGCCUCCGAUUCUCUGGAUCGUCGUCCAACAGGUCGCCGCCGCCGACCUGGACGGGGCGGCCGAGGUGCUGAGGAAGACCGGCGUCAUGUACCGCCACUUGACGUUCAAGAAGAAUUUCACCGACGCGGCAGCGGCGGCCGAUCACCAGAGGAACGUGGCUUUGAGCCACAUCGAGCGCCACCGACUCGCCGGAAUCGUGCACUUCGCCGACCUCUCGAACGUCUACGAUCUCCAAUUCUUCCGAGAAAUUAGAAACAUCGAGGCUUUUGGUGCUUGGCCAAUGGCCAUGAUGUCAGCAAAUAGGAAGAGAGUGGUGGUGGAUGGACCGAUCUGCAACUCCUCCAAUGUUCUAGGGUGGAUCUCUGAGGAUUUAUCCAACGACAAGUUCAGAGAUCUCCGGAAUCUGAUGAAGUCUGCAGAACCUAAAAUGAAACCUACAAAGAUCGACAUCUCAGGCUUUGCAUUCAAUAGCUCCAUUUUGUGGGAUCCUGAGAGAUGGGGUCGUCGAUCCACUUCAGUCCCAGACACAAUGUCUGAUCAGGACUCGAUCAAAUUUGUGCAAGAAGUGGUGUUGGAAGAUGAGAACAAGAUGAUGAAGGGCAUCCCUGCAGAUUGCUCCAGGAUCAUGCUGUGGCAUCUCCACUCACCAAGAUCUAGCAAUUAGAUUUUGAUGAAGUUGUACAGAUGAAGAUCCAGAGAGAGAGAGUGUGUGUGUUUAAUUAUUUCACCAUUAUAGUACUGUGCAAAUUUUAUAAUGAGCAAAUAUUAUUUAUUCGCAAUUGCUGGUGUUG